AUGCCACCAAAAUCCAUAUUCCGCCAACCCGGGGCCAGGCACUUUCAGCUCGUUCAUAGAUCUCAAAGGGAUCCAUUAUACCACGACGCAGAGGCCAGUAAACAUGUUCUUAAGCCCAUAGAGCGAGAAAAUGUAAUCAAAAAGGGAAAGUCUCGCGCAGACUUAGAGUCGACUCUUGCGGAGUCAGAUCUGGCCCAUGAUAGUGAAGCUCAUGUUGGCGAGGCGUCGUUAUAUGGGAUCUACUACGAUGAUACUCAAUACGAUUAUAUGCAACAUCUACGGCCUGUCGGACUCCAAGAAGACGGUGUAGAUAGUAUUCUCAUCGAAGCUCCUCGGACGAGCAAAGUAAAGUCCAGCAAAUCAAACAAAAACAACGCCUCGAUUCCAAUAGCACUUCGAGAUCUACCGAAGGAAUCACUUCCUUCCACUUCGGAAUUGCCUCGAAACUACGAAUCUGAGGAAGCUGUUCCGUUUAGUAUCUCGGGCUUCCAGCCGGACAUGGACCCGCAUCUUCGUCAAACGUUGGAAGCCUUGGACGAUGACGCUUUCGUGGAUGAUGGACUAGGGGACGAUUUCUUUGGAGAGCUGGUGGCUGAUGGUGAACGAGCUGAGGACGAAGAGAUUGAUUUCUCAUUUGAAGAGGAGGGGGUUGACGGAACCGCAGAAGGGCAUUCUCAAGAGGGUGAAGGUGAUGAGGGAUGGGAGGCGCGGUUUGCUCAAUUUAAAAAGGAGAACCAGCAGCGAGUUUCCUUUGGAAGUGACGCCGGCUCCGCGUCAGAUGAUGGCGAUACAGUUGGGAAGCUCCCGGAAUUCUCAGUCAUUGGUGGAAAGGGUAAGCGAAGACGGAAAGGCACUAGCGAAGCAUCGGGUUACAGCAUGAGUAGUUCUUCCAUGUAUCGUACGGAGACCCUGCAGACUCUCGAUGAGAUGUUUGAUCAGAUGGUACUCAAAGAGUAUAACGAGAACGACGACGACGACGACGGAUCCGAGUCAGAAUCAGAUUCUUCUGUGGCUCCCGAGCUCAUUACCUCCCGAACGGACUUCGACGCGAUGAUGGACGAUUUCUUAGACAACUACGAAGUGCUAGGGCGAAAGGCUAAGCCAAAGCUCGAGGGUGAUACUGGUGCUGAGAAGUUGAAUACAUUACGGCAGGCGUUAGGUCAGGAUGAAAGAGUGCGGAUUACACAGACAGGUGAUUCUGAUGACGACGAAGACGAGGAGGCAAUACUUGCUUCCUUUGGCAAAGAGGAAGACACAAAACAAGAUAGAUGGGACUGCGAGACAAUACUGUCGACGUACUCUAAUCUGGAGAAUCACCCAAGACUAAUUCGCGCACGAGACGCUAACCCAGUGGUGAAGAUACGACUGGACCCUCGAACCGGUUUCCCAAUGGUAGAGGAACUACCACCUCGCCUGAGAGGGAAAGCCGCCAAACAGCCUCCGAUCGAAGAUGACGAGGAUAAAGACACAGCACCUGUCCAUUACACUGUCACUCGACCGAAAGAUGAAACGCCCGAGGAGAAGAAGGCCAGAAAAGCCGCAGUCAAAGCGGAAAAGCAAGUGCGGCGAGCAGACAAAAAGGCUACAAAAGAGCAGUUCGCUGCUGAGUUCAAGGCCCAGAAGCGGACAAUUAAUAACAAAGAGAAGGCCAGUGUGCGGAAGCUAUAG